AUGGAUGAAAUGUCGAAUGAACACAAGAAUUUGGACAUGAACUACAUUGCUUCCUUAUUGGUUCAGUCCGUUCGAGAUGACCCAGCUUGCAAAAUAACACAAGCACAAAAUAUUGUGAGGUCUCAAUUAGGAUUUCAACUUUCGAAGAUGCAAGCUUGGUAUGGUUUUAAGCGUUGCAGAGAUAACUUGUUCGGGAGUUGGGAGUUCUCAGUGAACAAAUUGCCCAAGUUUAUGAAGGCACUCCAUAGAACGAACCCGGGUACGGCAAUUGAGUGGAUUUUCAAACCAACGGACAUUCCAACACGGAAGAUGAUCAAGUACUUCUUUUGGGCCUUCAAGCCAUGCUUGGAUGGAUUCAAGUUCUGUCGAAAAGUUAUUAGUGUGGAUGGAACUCAUCUCUACACUAAGUACAAGCACAAGUUACUAAUUGUCGUUUGUUUGGACGCCAAUAACCAAGUGCUACCACUAGCAUUUGCUCUUGUUGACAAUGAGACCACGGCGGCUUGGAGGUGGUUUUUUCAAAUGCUACACAAACAUCUAAUUUCUCAAAUUCCAGAUGGAGAAAGCGUUUGUGUAAUUUCAGAUCGAGCUCCGGGAAUUUUACGAGCUUUAGCGGAGUUGCCCGAAUUUGCUCCCCUUAAUGUUUUUCACAGGUUUUGCUUGAGACACGUGUGCUCCAAUUUCAACAAACGUUUUAAGAGUGUUUUGAAGGAUCUAUGCUACAAGGCAGGAGCGGAGUCUCAAAUUUGGAAGUUUAACCACAUUCUUAAUGUGAUCAAAACUCGGAGUGUUGAAGCUUACAACUAUUUGAAGGAUAUUGAUCAAGAAAAAUGGGCAUUUGCACAUGAUGGGGGCAAGCGUUGUGGUCAACUUACUACAAACAUGUCAGAAGCUCAUAAUGGUGUUCUCAAGGGAACUCGAAAACUUCCCAUCUCAACAAUUGUUGACCUUACAUUCAACCGCAUUGUUAGGUAUUUUUUUAAUCGUCUCCACGAGGCCAAUGUGAUGGUUCAAAAUGGACAGUUGUGGUCCACAUAUGCUUAUGGCAUUUACCGGACACAUGAAGCUAAAGUCUGUUAG